CAACUGGAAGCAAACCACGACUGAAGACGAGGGAACAGCAACAAGUGAACCAGCCCGAGGAUUGAGAGCAUCAGCUGGAGAGAACCCUUCUGACUCGGAGAUUCCAGUGAUUCAGUCAGGAGAAAGUUUGGUUAAAAAUGACAAGGAAUUUAUUUACGCGAAAAUUGAACACAACACGUCGGUUUUGCUGUCUCUGUCCAGAUAUUUAAGAAGUGGAGCAAGGGAUUCACUCGAUCAUCCUUCCUGCUCAGACUGUGGGGAGGGAUUCACUUGGUCAUCAGACCGACUGGCAUUCCCGUCAUUUUACACAGGGGAGAGGCCGUUCACCUGCUCAGACAGUGGGAGUGGAUUCACUCGGUCAUCUCAGCUGAAGGUACAUCAGCAAGUUCACACUGGGACAAGGCCAUUCACCUGUUCUGUGGGUGAGAAGGAAUUCAGUCGGUCUUCCCACCUGUGGACACACCAGUCAGUUCACACUGGGCGGAGGCUGGUCAUCUGCUGAAUUUGUGGGGAAGGAUUCACUCGAUCAUCUGAACUAAUGGCUCACCAGCGAGUUCACACUGGGCAGAGGCCAUUCACCUGCUCAGACUGUGGGAAGGGAUUCACUUGCUCAUCUAAACUGAAGGUUCAUCAGAGAGUUCACACUGGGGAGAGGCCGUUCACCUGCAAAGACUGUGGGAAGGGAUUCACUUCAUCAUCUCACCUGAAGGUUCAUCGGAGAGUUCACGCUGGAGAGAGGCCAUUCACCUGCUUAGACUGUGGGAAAGGAUUCACUUGCUCAUCUAAUCUGAAGGUACAUCAGAGAGUUCACACUGGGGAGAGGCCGUUCAAAUGCUCAGACUGUGGGAAGGAAUUCACUCGAUCAUCAACCCUACAAGCUCACCAGUCAGUUCACACUGGGGAGAGGCCAUUCACCUGCUCAGACUGUGGGAAGGGAUUCACUCAGUCAUCCAACUUACUGGUACACAAGUCAGUUCACACUGGAGAGAGGCCAUUCACCUGUUCAGACUGUGGGAAAGGAUUCACUUGCUCAUCUAAUCUGAAGGUUCAUCAGAGAGUUCACACUGGGGAGAAGCAGUUCACCUGCUUAGACUGCGGGAAGGGAUUCACUCAGUCAUCCAGCCGACUGGUACACAAGUCAGUUCACACUGGGGAGAGGCCAUUCACCUGCUCAGACUGUGGGAAAGGGUUCUCCCGGUUAUCUCAGCUGAAGGUACAUCAGAGAGUUCACACUGGGGAGAGGCCAUUCACCUGCUCAGACUGUGGGAAGGGAUUCACUCGGUCAUCUGAACUGAAGGUACAUCAGCGAGUUCACACUGGAGAGAAGCCGUUCACCUGCUCAGACUGUGGGAAGAGAUUCACUCUGUUAUCUCAACUGAAGUUACAUCAGCGAGUUCACACUGGGGAGAGGCCAUUCACCUGCUCAGUCUGUGGGCAGGGAUUCACACAGUUAACUAGCCUACAAGCACACAGGUCAGUUCACACUGGGGAGAGGCCAUUCACCUGCUCAGACUGCGGGAAGGAAUUCAGACGGUUAACUAGCCUACAAGCACACCGGUUAGUUCACACUGGGGAGAGACCGUUCACCUGCUCAGACUGCGGGAAGGGAUUCACUCAGUCAUCCUACCUACUGGUACACAGGUCAGUUCACACUGGGGAGAGACCGUUCACCUGCUCAGACUGCGGGAAGGGAUUCACUCGGUCAUCCUACCUACUGGUACACAGGUCAGUUCACACUGGGGAGAGACCGUUCACCUGCUCAGACUGUGGGAAGAGAUUCACUGAGUCAUCUAAACUGAAGGUACAUCAGCGAAUUCACAUUGGGGAGAGGCCGUUCACCUGCUCAGACUGUGGGAAAGGAUUCACUCAGUCAUCCCACCUGCAAGCUCACCGGUCAGUUCACACCGGGGAGCGGCCGUUCAUCUGCUCAUACUGUGGGAAGGGAUUCACUCAGUCAUCUCAUCUGAAGGUACAUGAGAGAGUUCACACGGGGGAGAGGCCAUUCACCUGCUCAGACUGUGGGAAGGGAUUCACUUGGUCAUCUCAACUACAGAGACACCAGCAAGUUCACACUGGGUAGAGGUUGAUCACCUGUUCAGACUUCGAGAAGAGAUUCUCUGAACCAAAUAAUCCAAAUGUGCAUCAUUGAGUUCACACUGUGGAGAGGUUGUUCACCUGCUGUGAAUGUGGGAAGCGAUUCACUCAGUCAUUUAACCUUAUGUAACUUUCACUUCAGCUAGCAGCUUAAUAUAGGGGGUGAUAGCCCCCCCAGCCUGGCCAAGCUUAAGAAAUCUCAUUUGGGUGGAUGCUGCACGAUGUGUCCCCUUUUACAAAUCAGUACCCCGAAAUAACAAGCGGUACACAAUAUGCAAUGAAACAAUUGAGCUUUAUAAUUCUUAAUUUGACUACAUGGUUCCUGAAGAAAACAAAAAAAUAAAAGAAAAAGGGCCCACUCUCUCCAUUCGCAUCUUCUCAUCUCUCCCCAGCAAAAAAAAACACCAAAAUCUCUCUUCCAGACUCACAAGAGAGAACAUUUCUGUCAUUGGAUAGCCCCACACUCCAAAACCCUGUUAUCUCUAUUCGUAACCUAAACAUUGCUGCUACAGAGAAACCAUUACCUCAGCAGUGAAACAUUGCAGAGAGGCCAUUACAUUAGCUGUGAAACUUUACAGCGUGUUACACUUGUGACACACUGCCGGGUUCACACUGGGGAGAAAGUUUCAAUAAGCUGCAUGCUGGAUAUUUGUCCAUCACCGUUGCUGAAUGCAAUUUCGAGAGUGAGUCGGUGCUGAACUCUGCAAUUAUUGCUGCUGCUCACCACACCCAGUUCUGCACCCUGGUCACUGGGCAUGGGAGGAGUUUCUUCUGCUGCACAUUCACCCUUAAUAGGGCUGGAGUUUAAUAUUCUGGAUCUAAGACAAUUAAAUCAGUUCUAAUUGAAUUCUGUCUCCGGUACUUAGUGAAUUUAUAAUGCACCUAUUGUACAGUAGGGAGACAACUCAGGCCGGCUGGACCCUGCCAGUGAUUCUGUUCCAUGACAGUCCUUUUAAAUCCUCCCCUGUUGUUCCCUUCUUGCUCUCCUUGUGGUGAUGGGUUCCAAACAGUCGCCACUCUUUGGGUGAAGAGGUUUGAAUUUCUGCAGCCUGAAGAAGUGGAGCUGACUGCAGUUCUGUCUGAGAUGUUCUCCGUCCCUCUAAUCUCUGGGCUGAGGAAGAAUGACAUUGGGAGUUAACCUCCUUAUUGAUGUCUCAUUUCCACAUUAUGGGUCAUUUUCCCUGCUUCUAAAGGGUUGUUAGAAAACACACUGUCCUCUGAAGACUGAAAGCAGAAUGGGAAACCAUUAGUUGGAUGUUCAACAGAGCAGGGUCAGAAACCAGAGGCGGGUCUGCACAGGGCAGAGUUUGGGGCUCUGGACGAUGGUCGGGGUAAGAACGUGUGAUGAGGAUAAGGGAAUCAGCAGUGGGCCGUGGCAACGAAUGACAGAGU